AUGUCAACCAGCGCUUGCGUACUUUCAGCUGCCCUAACAAUCCUCCACGACUCUCAGAAUCUACCACAAGGUGGAGGAGUCUUCACAACAGCAGCUGCCUUUGCCAAGACAAACAUCUACACAACUCUCGGGUCAUUUGGAAUCUUGUUUCAAGUUGAGUCUCCUCAAACACAAAUCUAA